AUGGUAUGCGGUGACCUUCGGAGGACCGCUCUGCAGUUCAAUGCUAUCAUCAACUCCCUGCUGGAUCGACGGAUGGCGUAUAGAAAACUGAAAGAUUAUGGGUUUGAUGAAAGUCCGGACAACGGUUUCUCUCGCCUUCAGCCUGGCCUAGGCACCGCAGACAAUGGAAGCACAACUGAGGAUGAAAAGAAGUGCCUUAUCCUGCAGAAGGUCUCCGGUUGGUGGGUGCAGCGGAGCUGUGAUGGUGGGUCGCCGCCGCAGCCUGGUGAUGAUGGGCAUAACCCGCCUCCCAUGGCGGUCUGCAAGACCCGCCUUCCCGUCAUGACAAGUACUUCCACGCCUGACACACUCUUUCUACCAUUGUCUGCGUCAGAGGACUUAGGCGUUAAGGAGGAGACGGACUACCGGGUGGAUCUAUCUCCCCUCCUCUCCGUCUCUGUCUUGAGGACGGAGCAGCCCCUCCCGACCAUGCUGCUUCGACUCCUCCUCCUCGCCGCCGGGAUUUAG